UCCAGGCCUGCCCGGACCCGGUCCUGAUAAAGGUCACCGCUUCCUCCCGCAGAUCCCUUCAUGCGGCUGUGAGCUCGGAGGACGAGCAUGCGGACCAGGCUUCCCCCAGCGCUUGCCGCCCUGGGCGCGGCCCUGCUCCUGUCUUCCAUUGAGGCGGAAGUUGACCCACCUUCAGACUUGAAUUUUAAAAUAAUAGAUGAAAAUACCGUUCAUAUGUCAUGGGCAAGACCAGCUGAUCCAAUUGUGGGUUACAGAAUAACAGUGGACCCUACAACAGAUGGGCCCACUAAAGAAUUUACCCUUGCAGCUAGUACCACUGAAACUUUAUUAUCAGACCUUAUACCUGAAAUAGAGUAUGUGGUGACAAUCACUUCAUAUGAUGAAGUAGAAGAAAGUGUACCCGUUAUAGGACAAUUAACAAUUCAAACAGGUGGUCCGGCAAAGCCAGGAGAGAAGAAACCUGGAAAACCAGUGAUACAAAAAUGCUCUGUCAGUGCCUGGACUGAUCUAGUGUUCCUCGUGGAUGGCUCAUGGAGUGUGGGAAGAAAUAAUUUUAAGUACAUUUUAGAUUUUAUUGGUGCUCUUGUGUCUGCUUUUGACAUCGGAGAAGAGAAGACAAGGGUUGGUGUUGUUCAGUACAGCUCUGACACCAGGACUGAAUUUAACUUAAAUCAGUACUACCAAAGGGAUGACCUUCUUGCUGCAAUUAAAACAAUUCCAUACAAAGGUGGCAACACAAUGACGGGGGAUGCCAUUGAUUACUUAAUUAAAAAUACUUUCACGGAAUCUGCUGGAGCAAGAGUUGGCUUUCCUAAAGUGGCAAUUAUUAUUACGGAUGGCAAAUCGCAAGAUGAAGUGGAAAUUCCAGCAAGAGAGCUUCGAAAUAUAGGGGUUGAAGUUUUCUCUUUGGGCAUUAAAGCUGCAGAUGCAAAAGAACUCAAACAAAUCGCCUCCACACCUUCAUUAAACCAUGUUUUCAACGUGGCCAACUUUGAUGCAAUUGUGGAUAUUCAGAAUGAGAUCAUCUCCCAGGUGUGCUCCGGUGUUGAUGAACAACUUGGUGAAUUGGUUAGUGGAGAAGAAGUUAUUGAACCUCCUUCAAAUUUGGUUGCCAUGGAAGUCUCAUCAAAAUACAUUAAGCUAAGUUGGAGUCCAUCUCCUAGCCCAGUGACUGGCUAUAAAGUCCUUCUUACACCAAUGACUGCUGGAAGCCGACAGCACGCUCUCAGUGUGGGGCCUCAGACCACCAUGCUCAGUGUUCGUGACCUUUCAGCAGACACAGAAUACCAGAUCAGUGUUUCGGCGAUGAAGGGACUGACAUCCAGCGAACCCAUUUCAAUAAUGGAGAAGACUCAGCCAAUGAAAGUUCAAGUGGAAUGCUCACGUGGUGUGGAUAUAAAAGCCGAUAUCGUGUUUUUGGUUGAUGGUUCCUAUAGCAUCGGGAUUGCAAACUUUGUUAAAGUUAGAGCUUUUCUGGAAGUUCUUGUAAAAAGUUUUGAGAUUUCACCAAACAGGGUACAGAUAAGUCUUGUCCAGUACAGCCGGGAUCCUCAUACUGAGUUCACUUUGAAAAAAUUCACCAAAGUUGAAGAUAUAAUUGAAGCAAUAAACACCUUCCCCUACAGAGGAGGAUCUACAAACACUGGGAAAGCAAUGACUUACGUCAGAGAGAAAAUAUUUGUUCCUAGCAAGGGUUCAAGAGGCAACGUACCAAAGGUCAUGAUUCUUAUCACUGAUGGGAAAUCUUCAGAUGCUUUCAGAGAUCCUGCUAUAAAACUAAGGAAUUCGGACGUGGAAAUCUUUGCAGUUGGUGUGAAGGAUGCUGUUCGCUCAGAAUUAGAAGCUAUUGCCUCUCCUCCUGCUGACACCCAUGUGUUCACAGUGGAAGAUUUUGAUGCUUUUCAGAGAAUAUCUUUUGAACUCACACAGUCUAUCUGCCUUAGAAUUGAGCAAGAAUUGGCAGCUAUAAAGAAAAAAGCUUAUGUGCCUCCAAAGGAUCUUAGUUUUUCUGAGACGACUUCUUACAGUUUCAAAACUAACUGGUCUCCUGCUGGAGAAAAUGUUUUUUCAUACCACAUCACCUACAAGGAAGCUACUGGGGAUGCUGAGGUCACAGUGGUGGAGCCAGCGUCAAGCACCAGCGUCAUUCUCAACAACCUGAAGCCAGAGACGCUGUACUUAGUCAACGUGACUGCAGAGUAUGAGGAUGGCUUCAGUGUUCCCUUAACUGGAGAGGAGACCACUGUGGAAG